ACCCGAGCAGCGACUCCCAAGGAAGGCUAUGGCCAUGAGUGCAAAAGCUAGACCCUCGUUUAGCUGUCCGCUCACCCUCCCGUCCCUUCAGGAAGAUCAAAGUGCCUUCUAGCCCAAGUAUGACCCUGAGUGACUUCGUCACACCUUCGUGAGGUCACAGUCACUAGCUCAGAGGGGAGAGGCGAGUUCUGAGUGAGAGAAACCGGGCGGGGUCGGGGCUCAGGAGAAGGUUGGACUGAAUCCUGCGUGUUUCUAACACAGAGGAGUUUGUACCUGCCGUCAUAGCGUCCGAAAUGGCUGAAUCCCAUUGUCUCUGCUGCUGCUGCUCAAAAUAUCUCCAGACACAGAACCUCGCAUGUUUCCUCACAAACCCACACUAUGGCAGCCUCAUUAAUGCAGAUGGCCAUGGUGAAGUGUGGACAGAUUGGAAUUCUUUGUCCAAGUUUUUUCAGUAUGGAUGGAGAUGUACCACUAAUGAGAAUUCCUAUUCAAACCGUACCCUGAUAGGCAACUGGAACCAGGAAAGAUAUGACCUAAGGAAUGUUGUACAGCCCAAACCCUUGCCUUCCCAGUUUGGACACUACUUUGAAACAACUUACGAUACAAGCUACAACAACAAAAUGCCACUUUCAACCCAUAGAUUUAAGCGAGAGCCUCACUGGUUCCCAGGACAUCAACCUGAACUGGAUCCUCCCCAGUACAAAUGCACAGAAAAGUCAACUUAUAUGAAUAGCUAUUCAAAACCUCAAAUCGGGCAUCUUCCUGGGUGUGUAUGGGAUCCUAAUAUUGAUCAGUUUCAAGGUUGAGGAUUCUAAGAAAGAAUAAGCUUCAUUUUUCCACAGUAGAGUGUAGGAGGGAGCACAUCUAAGCAUAACUAAAAAUUUAGCUCACUGUAACACCAUUGCACUUCUAAAGAAAUAAAGUAGAAAACACAGAA